ACUGCUCCAUCGCUGUCCCUCUGACUGCCAAACCAGAGAGGAGAUGGUCAAAUAAGAGCACGAUCACACGCACAAAUGCACACAGACAAACAUACACAUACUAAUUUUCCCCCUGGUGUGCAUGUAUGGCACAUAGACACACACACACUCACACAGCACUCCUAACAGUGGAUGCGAUAUUCCAGCUCUUCGCUGAUGUGUGCAGGGUACCUGCUUAGCAGCAGAGCUCCCUGGUUUGGGUUUGGUGAGCUGUGAACAGUGAGCCUUAGUACCUGGAAUAUUAAACAUUCAUUAUGCAUAUUUAGAACACAGCACAUUGCGGUGGUCUUCUUCCUGAAAUAUGUUUUCCUUUCCUCUUAAUUUUUAUUUGUAGCGUUUUUAUAUUUGUUCAGAUGUUUCAUUUUCUGAAUUACCGUGUAAGCUGUGUGGGCUGGAUGAUCGUAUGCUUGUGCGUGCGUGUGUGUGUGUGUGUGUGUUAGCUGUAUUUGUGUAUUUGUUAGCAUGCGAUUGUACAUGUGAGUGCAUUUAAGGAUCCGUGCAAGAGAGCGACUGCACAGAAACCUGUUCACUGCCCUGAGAAAACCGGAGCUGAAAAAGUGACUGUUGCUUGUACCUAAUAGGAGCCUGACAUUUGUGUUUGUUCUGUGUGGUGAGUCAGUAAUUGACCCUAUUAGGAAACGCAUACCAGGGAAAGCGCGGAGCUGUAUGCGACCAGCUCCCAUCAGACAAAUCGCCCUCGUAAGACUGACUCAAAGUGCUUUUGUACUUCCACCCAGCUCUUUCCCUUGCUUUUAUUUUCUUAUGGAAGGGCCCAGAGUGCCUUUUAACAGAACUGUAUCAUCGCCGCCGCGUUUCCGGCAGAAAAAAGGUGCUUUAUUCAGAGAUUUAAUGGCAUCACUGGGAGGUUCAGAUCCGCUGUUUCGUUCCUUUCAGAGAGCGGGAGGCGGCUGUGCGUGUGCGAGUGCUGGACUGCUGGGCCACUGGGCUGCGGGUUCGAAUUAUUCCCCCAGGCUGUGCCUCAACAGAAAAUGCAAAAAGGUCAAUGGGCACCAGACGACAGACGAGCCGAUGGAGGAAGGGGAGUCCCUGUCACACUGUGAAGAGGGUGUCUACAAGGAGAUCCCUAUCACCCACCAUGUGAAGGAGGGCUGCGAGAAAGCCGACCCCUCCCAGUUUGAGCUGCUCAAGGUGCUGGGCCAGGGGUCCUUCGGCAAGGUAUUUCUGGUUCGAAAAAUCGUGGGUCCCGAUGCAGGGCAGCUUUAUGCAAUGAAAGUACUGAAAAAGGCUUCACUAAAAGUGAGGGACCGGGUUCGAACAAAGAUGGAGCGGGAUAUUCUGGUGGAAGUGAACCACCCUUUCAUUGUCAAGCUGCACUAUGCCUUUCAAACAGAAGGGAAGCUCUAUUUAAUUCUAGAUUUUCUCAGGGGCGGUGACGUCUUUACUCGAUUGUCCAAAGAGGUUAUGUUUACAGAGGAGGAUGUGAAAUUCUACCUUGCAGAGCUGGCCCUUGCAUUGGAUCAUCUUCACAACCUAGGCAUUGUUUACAGAGACCUGAAGCCUGAAAACAUUUUGCUUGAUGAAGCUGGUCAUAUCAAGCUAACAGACUUUGGGCUCAGUAAAGAGUCAGUAGACCAGGAUAAGAAAGCCUAUUCUUUCUGUGGUACUGUGGAAUACAUGGCCCCAGAGGUGGUCAACAGGAGAGGACACACCCAAAGUGCUGAUUGGUGGUCGCUAGGUGUCCUUAUGUUUGAAAUGUUGACUGGGACUUUACCAUUCCAAGGAAAAGACCGUAACGAAACCAUGAGCAUGAUACUGAAAGCCAAACUGGGCAUGCCGCAGUUCCUGAGCCUGGAAGCUCAGAGCCUUCUGAGAAUGUUGUUCAAGCGCAAUCCAGCCAAUCGCUUAGGGGCGGGGCCUGACGGGGUGGAGGAGAUCAAAAGACACGCCUUCUUCUCCACCAUCGACUGGAAUAAGCUGUUCAGGACGGAGGUCCAGCCUCCGUUCAAGCCCGCGGCGGGGAAGGCGGACGACACGUUCUGCUUCGAUCCGGAAUUCACCGCGAAAACCCCUAAAGAUUCCCCAGGCGUCCCGCCUAGCGCUAAUGCGCACCAGCUCUUUAAGGGCUUCAGCUUUGUGGCUCCCACCUCCCUGGAGGACAGCAAGGGCUCCUCCCUGGUCAACAUCCUCCCGAUCGUUCAGCAGAUGCAUGGUGGCGGAGCACAGUUCUCAGACUUGUAUGAUCUGAAAGAGGACAUCGGAGUGGGCUCCUACUCGAUCUGCAAGCGCUGUCUCAACCGGGUCACCGGCAUGGAGUUUGCAGUCAAGAUCAUUGACAAAAGUAAAAGAGAUCCGUCAGAGGAGAUAGAGAUCCUUAUGCGAUACGGCCAGCACCCCAACAUCAUCACUCUGAAAGAUGUGUAUGACGAGGGGCGCUUCGUGUACCUGGUGACGGAGCUGAUGAAAGGGGGAGAGCUCCUGGAUAAGAUACUCAGGCAGAAGCAUUUCUCAGAGCGGGAGGCCAGCGCGGUGCUCUACACCAUCACCAAGACCGUGCACUACCUGCACUGCCAGGGGGUGGUCCACCGAGACCUGAAGCCCAGUAACAUCCUGUACAUGGACGACUCGGGGAACCCCGACUCCAUCCGCAUCUGCGACUUCGGCUUCGCCAAACAGCUGCGCGGGGAGAGCGGCCUGCUGCUCACGCCCUGCUACACCGCUAACUUUGUGGCCCCCGAGGUCCUGAUGCGACAGGGUUAUGAUGCAGCUUGUGACAUCUGGAGUUUAGGUGUGCUGCUGUACACCAUGCUAGCUGGGUACACCCCAUUUGCUAACGGGCCCAAUGACACCCCAGAGGAGAUUCUACAGCGAAUUGGCAGCGGCAAGUUUUCUCUGAGCGGGGGCAACUGGGACAGCGUGUCCGACACAUCCAAGGACUUGCUGUCUCACAUGCUGCACGUGGACCCACACCAGCGCUACUCUGCAGAGCAGGUACUCAAGCACUCGUGGAUCUCCUGCCGGGACGAGCUCCCGCACUUCCAGCUCACGCGGCACGACGCGCCCCACCUGGUCAAGGGAGCAAUGGCUGCUACGUACUCUGCACUGAACCACAAAACAGGCCAGCCGGUGUUAGAACCCGUGGCUGCCUCCAGUCUGGCCCAACGGAGAAGCCUGAAGAAGCUCACCUCUACUGACUUGUAGUGAUCAACCGACUUCUGGACGGGGAUUGUGUGUGCGUGCGUGCAUGUGCGCGUGUGCACGUGUCUGUGUGUGUGCGUGCGUGCGUGUGUGUGUGAGGAAAGGGGCUCUUUUCUUUUAAUUUAUUUAUUCACUUACCCCAGUCUCUCACCUGUGCACUUGCCCCUUCCUCUAGCCCUCAGCUCCUUCUCUGUGCAGUAUCAUUCCAGAGCCCCAUAAAGCACCUGCACUCAACAUCAGGGAGACAUCCUUUGCAAUCACAGACCAUGGAAACUCAGACACCUGUACAUUUUUGCUACUUGGAAGAGCAAUGUCUGGUGUUUUUUUUUCCCCCUCAAUUGAUGGUAAGCAAUCACCCCUUCCACCUGAGUGAUACCACCAGCCCACAUUCUCCGUUCACUGUGACUGGCCAACCUGAAGCUGCUUUUGUGAGCUAUGGGCUGCUGGCUUCCAGCUCUUCUCUCGGCCUUGCUUGUCCUCAGGUCUGCCCUUUUAAGGGACUGUCUCCCUCUGCUUCCUUCUCUUGAAAACUCCUCGUGUAAAUUUGGUGGGGGUUUUCUUGUGGAUGUGGUGAGCUCGUUGCGAGGCAAAUACAGUGCUGAGGAAACGUCUAUGGUAUGUUACAGACCAUGAAGUUGCGUUUUUGACUUUGUUGGGGAUGUGUCAAAAAAAGGGCAAAUGUCUGACGUGUGGCCUCGAGAGAGAUGAAGAAAGGGAGAUGUUUCUGAGCGUGUAUGUGAUUCAGCAUGAAACUGCUCUGUUUAAUGCCUGGAAGCCGUUUCUUUCUUUAAACGUGUAUUGGAGGAAAAAAAAUUGAGCAUUGGUUUGAUGUUUUCAGUGUUUUCGUUUCUCCAAAGAUGUUCAUUCAUAAUAAGCUGUAUGCUUCUCCAGUUUGCUCUCGAGGCUUGGCAGAGUGUUGCUUUCUCAAAGUUGUGCAAUCUCUUAUCUUACAGUUUUUUUUUUCUUGCUUUUACCUGAAUAUUUUUCUUUUCCUUCCAAAGCCAAUAUUUUGAUUGUCAUUUGGGCUGUUAUUUUAAGAUGUACAUAGCAACACAAAAAACUGCAUUGCAACAAGUAACAAGCAACUUUUGAAAAGGUCAGAGAAUGUGACAGUUUUCCUAGUGAGGUGUGUGUUGUUGGUACAAUGUAAUUGCUGAGGAGUGAAAGUCAUAAAACCUGAAUUGGGGCAUGGACAACCCCCCUAGCUGCAAGAAGCCAAACCUUCUGCUUUGACAUCAUGAAUCUAUUUGAAAACAUUGUGGAAAUUGUAUCAUAUUGUAUUUAUUUCAUUUUAAAAAUCUAUUUUCCUUUUAAGGUCUGUAUAUAUUAGCAUUAAAGAUCAUGCAGCUCUUG